AGUCGUUGUACGGUAAAUAUUCCCAUCCAAUAUUUCAAUAUCACCCAUGAGUUUCCCUAGGCAAAUAUCCACCCUCGUUGUCGGAGGUGGUCCGGCAGGCAUCGUCUCGCUCAAGUAUACUGUCGAGUAUGGUGAAGCGUGGUCCGAGGGGGAGGAGCCGUUGCUCAUAGACAUGGAGUCUGAGAUUGGGGGAACUUUCAGAUGGAGAGGCUACCAAAAUGCUGAGCUGGUAAGCUCAAAGCAACUAACUUGUUUCUCCGACUUCCGAUACCCUCUGGACUCUCCUGAUCACCCUUCCUUGCCUAACUUUGUGGACUAUCUCAACUGUUACAUCGACCAUUUUGAUUUGAGGCAUAUGAUCCGUACAUCCACCAAGCUUGUCUCCCUCGAAUAUGCUUCAUCAGAUAGUAAAGAUCUCUAUAAACAUCGGGCCACUAUCCAGCCACUCAAUGAUAACGGGCUUCCCCAAGGUGAUCCCCUCAUCGUCCUUGCCAAAAGGGUGAUCAUCACCACCGGUCUACACGUCACUCCCAACAUCCCCCUUAUUCCUGGGCUCAACUCGACGCCUUGUAUCCCUGAACCACCAAAAUGGAUCCAUUCUUCUGCCUACAAGUCUCGGAACCAGUUGAAGGACAAGAAAGUGCUCGUGUUGGGAUGUGGGGAGACAGGGAUGGAUAUAGGGUACGAAGCAAUUAUGGCACCUGCAAAGAAGGUAUGGUUAGGUGUCCGAACUGGGUUCUUGUCCUUUCCUAAGGUACUCAACAAUUUUCGCGUAUUGGGAACUACAUUUGAUGGAAAACUUCCCAUUGAUGGUCUUAUAACAAACCUCUUUGAGACUGCCUAUGUUCAUCCCUGGGUGGCAGCAUCGCAUAUCAGAUGGUUCAUUUCCGAUCUAGUCAUUAAGCGUCUUCUUUGGGUACUCACAGGUACUAUGGCCGGGUGUAACCAAUGGGCUGGAGAGCUGCCCCCUGAAAGACAAGGACGCGCAUACGUCUUCCUCAAUAAAUCCGCGAAAGCGAUGCAAUUUAUCAAUCGACCGUUUUACUCCCUUUCUCCUAUCCAUCGCUGGAUCGCGCACUAUAUUGACCCUCCUCCACCGCCUGGUGAUCCCAAAAUUGACAUCGUCCCCUUCCCACAAGGGUUUGACUCUGAAGGAAGAGCGGUCUUUCCGGCCCCUCCGGAACAUAGAAGAAAAGAGACUGCGUGGAAAGACGAGUGUAAACCUGAUUUGGUCGUGUUGUGUACUGGAUAUAGACAGGAUUGGAGUUGGUUGGGUGAAGGCUACCCGCGAGGUCCCGAGGAUUGCGAAAUCAGAGGGAUCACCAGUACGAAAGAUCUAAGUAUUGCGUUUAUCGGAUUUGUUAGACCUGGUGUCGGUGCUAUCCCGCCCAUAGCAGAGAUGCAAGCCCAGCUCUUUAUACUCCUCACAGAAAAACGUGUCCCAAUCCCUGUUUCACCAGAGACAUAUCAUCUCCUCCAUUCGCCCACUUCGCGUAUCCAAUACGGCGUCGACUAUUCUACCUACAUGUCAACCCUAGCAAAAGACAUUGGCUCCGCUCCGGGGCUGUUGAGGUUAUGGUGGGAUUACGGGUUGUUCGUCUUGUUUGUGUACUGUUUCGGGGCAGCGUUUCCCACGUUCUACAGGCUUACAGGACCUUUCAAAAUCACCAAGGCAAGGGAGAUCGUAGAGACGGAGCUUUGGGAUACAAUCAGGAGGCGUGGCGUGAUUGGAAAUAUAUUCAUGGGUGUCAUCCCAAUGGUAUUUUACGCCUACCUCAAUAUAGGGGCGUAUAUCCUUGAGUUUGUCUGGAGGGUCGUGACUCCCAUUUUUGACUUGCCUGCAUCGCCUUUGGAACUCUUCCAAGAGAAAUCGACCACCGUCAAAUCGAUCUGAGCCUUUUGAGGGUGGAGUUGAUAGAUGUUGGCGACAUUCGUCAACUAAUAUCAUAAAGAAGCAACAGAAGAAUCAAAUGAAACUGAUUGAAGAAUCGAAACAAAAUAAUGUAUCACAAUAUUGAUUA